AUGCCCUCAUCAGUUCAACUAGCCAUGCAGGCUCGUGGACGACCGGUGUCGUCUUUGGUGGCCAUGCGACGAAGUGCCUCACCUAAUAGACCACUUGUUUCAGGACCAAUGCAUGCUGGGACUUUGUUUGAAUUCAAGAUGACUGCAUUCAAAUCCCAACACAUCAGCGUAGCAGAUCAACGCAGGGGAGUUCGGCCCACUUCAGUCUGUCAACAAACUGGUCUGACUUCAGUCAGAAUUGACCUAGCCAUUUUGAACCUUCAGGAGUUCAAAGACGCAGUUGCUGACUUGGCCGAGGGAUUUCAUUUGGGCUGUAGAGAUUUGUUUAAAGAGGCUGAUCUUAAAGGCACCAUUAAUUAUUUUGGCUGGGUUACUAAUAAUCCAAGCUUUCCGAAGGGUCGUCAACAAAACAUUGGCAAGGAUGUUGAUUUUGAACGCUUCAAAGUGGUGGUUUCUGAAAAUCGAGGGAAAUCAAUGGGAGUUACUGCUACAAUGAUUGACGAGAAUGCCAAGCCAAGGAAGAAUCGUGCCGUACAAAAUGCAAAUUCUUUUGAUCGUCUCAUGCUGGCAGAUAAUCCUGGAGCCAAUCCCGAAAGGGCUCGCGAGCUGGCCUUGAAUGCAAUCAAUCUACAGGCUGAUUUAACCAAGAUACGCACAGCGCUCCAGACCCGCUAUGGAAAUAGUGGUCAUGCGGGCCAUCGUGAGGGGAUGACCUGCUAUGAUCCCGAAAGACCCAAGUUCAUGAUGAGACUCACAUACCCAAUGUUGGAUGUUUGGGCCGAGUUAAUUGCUGCUGGCAAACCCGGUGUGACCCUGUUCCGACCACCAGUGGGACUACCUGGAUUCGAGUGGGUACUGAAGUCAGGCAAGCCAACCGGGAUUCCAGCAGACUCUCUCACUUUGCCUUCAAGUGUUCCUGCCCAAUCACGAUCAACAUCUCCAGCUCCACAACCCUAUCCGGAUUUCGAAGACUACCUCACCUUCUGCCGCAUCCCAGAAAACGAUGGCACUACCCGAGAUGUUCUGAAAAAACUUCAAAUAAUCGAAUUCGAUGAAUUUUUCUCUGCCGAAAACUCGAUCGAUUUUCUCAAAUCCCAAGGGAUAGGGCACGGACCUGCGGUCCGUUUGUCAACGAAGGCUUCACAGUAUCGCCAGGACCUAAAGUCUCGUCAGGCUUGA